GCCUCCUCCCCCAGCGGCCGGUGCGAGGAUGGCCCGGAGACCCCGGCACAGUAUAUAUAGUAGUGAUGAUGAUGAUGAAGAUGUUGAGAUGUACGAUCACGAUUAUGAUGGUCUGCUUCCGAAAGCUGGAAAACGUCAUUUAGGAAAAACAAGGUGGACCCGUGAAGAGGAUGAGAAACUGAAGAAGCUUGUGGAACAGAACGGCACAGAAGACUGGAAAGUCAUUGCCAAUUUCCUUCCUAAUCGGACAGAUGUUCAGUGCCAGCACCGAUGGCAGAAGGUAUUAAACCCAGAACUUAUCAAAGGUCCGUGGACAAAAGAGGAGGAUCAAAGGGUAAUAGAACUCGUGCAGAAAUACGGUCCAAAGCGCUGGUCUGUCAUUGCUAAGCAUUUGAAGGGAAGGAUUGGAAAACAGUGCAGGGAGAGGUGGCACAACCAUUUGAAUCCAGAAGUGAAGAAAACCUCCUGGACAGAAGAGGAAGAUAGAAUUAUUUACCAGGCACACAAGAGACUGGGAAACAGAUGGGCAGAAAUUGCAAAGUUGCUGCCUGGACGAACUGAUAAUGCCAUCAAGAACCACUGGAAUUCUACCAUGCGCCGCAAGGUUGAGCAGGAGGGGUAUCUGCAGGAGUCCUCCAAAGGCAACCUGUCCUCAGCAGCCGCCGGCUUUCAGAAGAGCAGUCACUUGAUGGGCUUUGCUCACAGUGUGCCUUCUGCUCAGCUCCCAGUGGCCGGCCAGCCCCCCCUGAGCAAUGACUAUCCCUACUACCACAUCUCUGAGCCACAAAACGUCCCUGGUCAGAUCCCAUAUCCAGUAGCACUGCAUGUAAAUAUUCUCAAUGUUCCUCAGCCAGCUGCUGCAGCUAUUCAGAGACACUAUAAUGAUGAAGACCCUGAGAAAGAAAAACGAAUAAAGGAAUUAGAGUUGCUACUAAUGUCGACUGAGAAUGAACUGAAAGGGCAGCAGGCAUUACCAACACAGAACCACACAUCAAACUACCCCGGCUGGCACAGCACCGCAAUCGCUGACAAUACCAGGACGAGUGGUGACAGUGCACCUGUUUCCUGUUUGGGGGAACAUCACCACUGUACUCCCUCUCCGCCGAUGGAUCAUGGUUGCUUACCUGAGGAAAGUGCAUCCCCUGCAAGGUGCAUGAUUGUCCACCAGAGCAACAUCCUGGACAAUGUUAAGAAUCUCUUAGAAUUUGCAGAAACACUCCAGUUAAUAGACUCCGAUCCUUCAUCAUGGGGUGAUCUCAGCAGUUUUGAAUUCUUUGAAGACUCAGAUACUUCAGCUAGCAAAGCUCCCUCAGGCAAAGCCGCGCAGCUUCAGCAAAGAGGGGCCAAUGCUUGUAGACCUCACGGACACCCCAUCGCUAACUUGAGCAGAAUCAUGUUGAGUCAGGGCUCUCCCGGCUCACCAAAGUCCUUAUGUGCCUCGCAGUGCAGCGCAGCUCCGUGGGUCCUUCUUCGCAAAAGGAGAGGGCACUCCAGACCCUUAGCCAGUGGCCACAGUAGCACCUUGGUACUAGCUGACGUCAGCAGCUCAACUCCUAAGCGCUCCCCUGUCAAAAGCCUGCCCUUCUCUCCCUCGCAGUUCUUAAACACCUCAACCAAUCACGAAAACCUGAGCCUGGACAACCCCGCUUUAACUUCCACCCCAAUGUGUGGCCAUAAGGUGGCUGUUACGACGCCGUUCCACAGGGACCAGGCUUUCAAAGCACAGAAGGAAAAUCACUUUUUCAGAACUCCAGCAAUCAAGAGGUCGAUAUUAGAGAGCUCUCCAAGAACACCCACUCCAUUCAAAAAUGCACUUGCAGCUCAGGAAAUCAAAUAUGGACCUUUGAAAAUGCUGCCUCAAACUCCGACUCAUCUUGUAGAAGAUCUGCAGGACGUUAUCAAGCAGGAGGCUGAAGAGACUGCAAUCGUGGCUGGACUACAUGAAAGUGGACCCCCUUUGCUGAAGAAAAUCAAACAAGAGGUGGAGUCUCCAACAGACAAAGCUGGACAUUUUUUUUGCUCAAACCACUGGGAAGGAGAACACCUGAACACUCAGCUCUUUACGCACACAUCUGCUAUGGAAGAUGUACCAAAUCUUCUUACUAGCUCCAUUCUGAAGAUGCCAAUGUCCGAAGAGGACGGUAGUUUUCACAAGACAUUUGCAGUACCUAGGAACAGGCCACUGUCUAAUCCGCUGCAGCACCUGAACAACGCUUGGGAGUCAGCGUCCUGUGGAAAGAUAGAGGAUCAGAUGGCCCUUACUGAUCAGGCGCGCAAGUACAUGACCACGUUCCCAACCCGGACUCUGGUGAUGUAGAAGGGUCUACAGAGAAGCAUUAUGGUUUUCAGAACACUUCACUGGGAAAUU